AUGAUGAAUCUAGGUUCUUAUUUUUAAUCGGAGCUCAAAGAGGUCUACGAGCAAGAAGGGCUUGUUGACAAUCAUUACAGCUUAUUAUUUUAAUCAUAAAAUGCAAGUUAAAAGUUUACCAAAAAGCAAAUUUCUGAUAAGCUAAGUGAAUAUAAAACAUUGAUAUCAUAGAUAGAUGCUUAGGAGGAUCCAAUGGCAACCUGGGAAGAGUAUUUAGACUUUUUGAUGAACUAUUAAGAUAGAACUAUUAGUGAAAUCAAUUAUUAAAUAUUUUAAGAACUGGAGAAAUUUACUAAAUAUUCUUGUGAGAGAGACUACAUUAAGAGAGAUCAUAGGUGUGUUAGGUUUUGGAUUGAAUAUAGUGAUAUGUGCAAAGAUAAAGAAGAUGUCAUUUAUCAUAUGGAAGAAAAUGAAAUAGGUGUUAAUAGUGCUUUUUUUUAUGAAGAGAUAUGUAAAAUAACAGAAAUGAAAAUGGAUUAUUAGCAGGCAGAUAGAUAUAUUUUAGAAGGGAAAUAUAGUUAAGCCUAACCAGAGGCUAAGAUGAACGAAGUUGUUACUUAGUUCGAAUAAAGAAUGGAAUAGAGGAUAAAUAGGUUAAAAUAGCUUAUGAGCAUGCAGAUUAUGUAUGAUAAUUAAUUAAGUGACUCCAAAAAAAGAAAAAGAUUUGAGUUUGAUCUUAGGAGUGAUAAUUUUUAAGAGUAGCAAUAGCCAAUUAUUAGAAAGAAUUUAGGUAAAAAUAAUAACAUGAUAAAAGAAGAAUAUGAUCAUAAAGGAGUUAAAUUUGGGAAUAAAAGAUUUUCUAAUGGUUCUUAUUUUGGGGUUAGCAAGAUGAAAUAGAAGAAAAAGCAACUCCCUGAUAAAGUUUAUAUAGGCGAUGGAAUUAACAUAUUUGUAGAUGAGGAAUACAGAUAAGAAGUAUUCCCAAAUUCAACAAUCCUGGUGACAGAAUAUUAAAAUCUGGUUGAAGAAAUAAAUGAAUAUCUUGUUAAUAACCAUUAAGAUUUUAUUGUUUAAUCUCAGUCUUAAAGGUAGUAAUAAUAAAUAAAUUAAAUGUAAUUUUUUUCCUAACAAUUAAUGAAUUCCACAUAACUAAGUUAGAAAAAUAAGCAUGAAUUGAUAAAUAGUUUGCAGACUGAUAUGUUUUAUUGUAAGAAGUCAGCUUUUGAAAUAGAUUUACAAACAAGUUGGAUUGGGAGAGAAGAAAAAAAAUAUAAAUCAUUUGAAGUUAUGGAGAGUUAAAAGAAUUCUUAAUAAAUAGUUUAAUUCAACAUUUGUGAUUUUAUAUUUGAAAAUACAAGCCCUUCUGAAUAAUCGCCUUAACUUGGGUUAAUCUUAAAGAAUUAAAACUUAAAUGGGUAAAAAUAAAACAAGACAAAUUUAAAUAACAAAGGAAGAGAGUUAUAUUAAGAUAAUUCAAAUACACCUUAAAGAUCACCUUAAAAGAAGAAAUCAGGAAUUAUUGAAUGUGAAAGUGUCUUUGGCAGCUAAUCUCCUUACAAAUUUUCAAGCAAAUAGUAUGGAUUUUACUAAAGCACACAAAACAACCAAAAAAACAAACGCUAAUAAAUAAGAAAUGUAAAUAGCUAAUAUGACCCUUCUCCUCUUUAGAAUAGCAGCAAAAGAAUUAGUUUGAAUUACUCAAAUUAUUAAAUAAAUGAAGAGUCCCAAAAUAAUUAAAAAGCAGAUGAAUGCUCUUAAAACCUACAAUUUAGCUCUUAUAAUUUCAAUCAAAACCAAUAAGUUUCUAUCGAAAAAUCUCCUCUAAAAUUAGCAAAUGAAGAUUUCAAAUAAAGAGUCUCAAAACUUUCAAAUAGAAAAAGCAUUGAUUUCAAUUGCAAUAACUAAAAUACAGAGCAGACAAAAUAAAAAUCUCCUCAGUCUUCAGAAAAGUUUUCCAACAAAGAGGAAAGUUUGAAUAAGUUUUAUAUUGAUAGCAUCAAAAAAUUGAAUUUCUGCUCUGAAAAUUCCAAACAAGUUGAAGAUAAACAAAAUAUUUUUGAUUUUUCUAAAAACUGCUCAAACAAUUUUCCAAAUAAACAAUAAAAUUCUUAUUACCACACAGAAUAAGAAUAUGACUCAGAUUAAAGCUUUUAAAAUAGUUGUCUAAACAAGGCUUUUCAUAAUGAUAUAAAUAAAAUAAAAAGUGAUGAUGACGAUGAUAAUGAUGAAGGAGAAGAUAUUGAUAAUGAUUGUGAUAAAUCAAGUUCGUUUGAUCUAUGCUCAGAUCAGUAUUCAUUUUUAAAAAAUAAUAAUCUUUCUAAAAGCUCUAAGUUAUCUGAGUGUGUUAGGUCUAGGAGAUCAUUGAAAUUUGAAAAUGUCGAUAUUUUUAAUAAAAAUGAUUUAUUCAUUUCUCCAAACAAAGAGAAGCUCAGAAUGUCUUCUAAAAGAGCAAGUGCAAAAAAGUCCGUUGAAAAACUGAGAAAUACUCAUUAAACAAUAGCAACCAUUUUAAAUAAAUAAAAUUUGAACAACCAAUCUUUUUAAUCUAUUCAAUUUUCUUAGGAAUUUUCUCAAGUUAACCACCCUCAGCAUCCUCAAGAUACCUUCUUUAGUCCAAACUCUCUCGAUGAUAAUAUCUUCAAAAUCAUACCACCACCGAAAAGAAAAAGUAUCAUGAAUAAUAAAGCAAAGAAAACUAAAAAAAUAAAUAUCUGCGAAGAUGAUGACAAUGAUUAUGAGUAUGCUCAGAAUAUAUCACUAAGUGAUGAAAUAAAUAGCAAAAAAAGCUUAACUGAGCAAGAAGAUGAAGAAAUUAAUGAUAUGCUAGAUCAAUACUGUUUCAGUAAUGAGAAUAAGUUCAUUAACUAAAAUAUUUAAAAUAGUUUAAGCAACUUUACUGAUUCUCUGUAAGAAAAAGAAAACUAAAAUUUAAUAAUAAACCAAAGGAAAAGCAAGUCACAGAAUAGCAUGCCGAGAAAAGCUCUUCAACAACUACCAAUUGAAGAGUUUACAGAAGAGGCAGUUUUUAUAGAUAAUCCAAUUUUACCUUUAUUCUUAUCUAAUAAUAACCUUCAUGAUGAUGCUUUCUAUGCAAGUUCAAUCUCUAAUUAAGAAAAUGAAAAUUAAUUAUUCUACUCCCAUAACUAAUUCAGAAAUAGCAGAAACGGGAGAAGCCAUUAAAAUCAAAAUAGCAAUCAUGAGCAGCAUAAAAGUAACUUUGAUGAAAUCAAUUUUCACCUGAAUGAAGAAUCUUAGUUUAACUAAAACUUAGAGGAAAUUCUAAGCAAGUCAAUAUGCCAAAAUAACCAUAAAAACGAUUUUUAAAAUUAACACCACAGCAAUCUUGAAGUUUCAAAUUAAUCAUUGAAUAACUUGAUUUCUAAAACUAAACAGCACCACCGAAAUGAUAAUAUUCACAUCAAUGAAGGAUUCAAAGAAGAUCAACUCUUUAAUCAUAUCAUUGAAGAGACAUGCUUUAAGAAUGAAAAGAAAUUAAAAACAAUAAAAAGAAUGAAUUGA